AUGAAAGCUUAUACAACAAUCGAUUACGAUGCAAUUAUCGUUGGAAGCGGCUUCGGGGGAUGCUAUGUCUUGCAUAAGCUCCGUACAGCUGGGUUGAGGUGUCUUGUGAUUGAUGAUGCCGCAGAUCUCGGCGGUGUCUGGUACUGGAACUGCUACCGGGGUGCUUGUGUAGAUACGCCAGCACCUCUGUAUGAGUUCUCUAACCCAGCCCUCUGGAAGGACUGGAUGUCGUCUGAGAAAUACCCUAGCCGUGACGAGCUGCGCCGAUACUUCGAUCAUGUCGAGGCCAACUUGAACUCGAACAAAGAUAUAAUUUUCAACACCCAUGUGGUAGCGGCUGACUUUGUCGAAGCCGGAAAUUACUGGAAGGUUUUGGAUAAUGCUGGUGUCAGCCGCACCGCAAGGUAUUUUAUCCUCUGUACCGGCUUUGCGGCCAAACCGUUCAUUCCCAACGUGGUCGGGGCAGAGACCUUUGCAGGCAUCUCUUGCCACACUUCCAAGUGGCCACAAGGAGGCAUUGACUUCCGUAUUCGCCACUGGAUCGACUCUGUCACGGGCGGAAUUCUAUCCAUCGACAUCAAGGGUGUUGACGGCUUAUCUCUGCAACAGAAGUGGAAGGAUGGCACAUAUACCCAUCUCGGUAUGAUGACAUCGGGCUUUCCCAACAUGAUGUUCCUGUAUGGCCCUCAGGGACCAACAUCGGUUUGUAACGGUCCAACCUGCGCUGAAGUCCAGGGAGACUGGAUCGCCAAGACAAUCAUUCAUCUCCAAGAUCUUGAUCGUCAACGUAUUGAUGCGACAACAGAGGCUAAGCAGGAGUGGCGAACCCUGGUAAAUCAGAUUGGCGAGACCUUACCUCCACAGACUACAUCUGAAUAUAUGGGCACAAAUAUUCCUGGAAAGCCCAAAGCAGAACGCCUCAAGAUGCUGCAACACUCUACAACAUUGGUUGUUGGCCUCCUGACACAACUCGCAGCCUGCAAACACGGCCAUGGAUCCUCAAUGGAACGCUCUGUACUUGCUACCAGAGCAGACAAUCAAUCCUUGGGCUACCUCAACCCUUCUUGGUCAGUCUCCGAUAGAGUCGAGGACCUGCUCUCACGCAUGACAUUGGAAGAAAAGGCCGGUCAGAUGUUUCAGGAUUCUAUAGCGAUUGGAACAAACUACACUCUAAGUGAGAAAACACCCCCUGGCUACCCGAUCGACCUCAACAGCACGGAGAACAUGGUCGGCGAGAAGCACAUGACACACUUUAACCUUUUGUCGCCAAUCGACAACGCGGGAAAGGUCGCUGGAUGGUACAACCUGCUCCAGAAACGAGCCCUGGACACGAGGCUGGGCAUCCCAAUCUCUCUUUCUUCUGAUCCCCGCCAUCACGAAGCGGACACCUUUGGGGCCUCCAUCAGCCCCGGAGUCUUCUCACAGUGGCCAGAGUCACUUGGUCUGGCGGCCCUGCGUGAUCCGGGGCUGGUGGAAACAUUUGCUGAUAUCGCGAGGCAAGAAUAUCUCGCCGUCGGUCUUCGAAGCUCGCUCCACCCACAGGUUGAUCUCGCAACAGAACCCAGGUGGGCCCGUAUCUUUAGCGUCUGGGGAGAAGAGGCAGACUUGACGGCCGAGUUGGUUGUUGCCUACAUCAAGGGCUUCCAAGGCGAGGAAUUUGGGCCAGCCUCGGUCAGCACGGUGACCAAACAUUUUCCCGGGGGUGGUCCCGUCGAGAAUGGAGAAGACUCUCACUUUGUCUACGGCAAGAACCAAACCUAUCCUGGAAACAACUUUGACCAUCACCUGAUCCCAUUCAAGGCUGCACUCAAGGCCGGUGCUAGGCAGAUGAUGCCAUAUUACUCGCGGCCAAUUGGGACAGAGUAUGAAGAAGUGGGUUUCGGAUUCAACAAAGGGAUUAUCACGGACCUGUUGCAAAAUGAGCUCGGGUUUGAGGGCAUCGUGUUGACCGACUGGACUCUCUUGUCGGAUAGAAUACUAUUCGGUCUUCCGUUCCCCGCUCGCGCGUGGGGCAUGGAGGAUAAGACGGAACACGAGAGAGUGCUCAAGAUCAUCGAGGCUGGCUGCGAUCAGCUUGGCGGCGAGAACCGGCCUGAGCUGCUCGUCGACUUGGUAAAGCAGGGACUCGUACCGGAAACACGCCUCGAUCACUCGGUUCGUAAACUGCUCAAGGAGAAGUUCCUCCUCGGCUUGUUUGACAACCCAUUUCUCGACACUGAGGCUGCUGACAAAGUGGUGGGCAACCCAGAGUUCCAGCGUAUCGCCGAUGAAACACAGCGCCAGUCUUUUACUCUUUUGUCCAACAAGAAUGACUUACUCCCGAUAAAGAAGGAAGUUCCUGGUUCGGCAGUCUACAUUGAGGGUCUGAACCAGACGACUGUGGAAGCGAGGGGCUUCAAGGUAGUGGCAACCCCCGAGGAGGCCGACUGGGCGUUCCUCCGACUUGCUGCACCUUUCGAGGUCAGAAAUGGGACUCUUUCUGAGUAUAUGGGCUUCCAGCAAGGCAGUCUUGAGUUCAAGGCUGCCGAGAGGACGCGGCAAGCUGCCAUUUACAAGGCUGUCCCUACUAUUGUUGACAUCAAGCUCGACCGUCCCGUGGCGAUACCAGAAGUUGUCGAGCAGGCCGCAGCCGUGUUUGGAACCUUUGGAGCCAGCGGCGACGCGUUCUUAGAUGUAGUGCUGGGUGAAGCUAAGCCUCUUGGGAAACUCCAGUUUGACCUACCUCGUUCUGACAAGGCGGUUGAGGCACAAAAGGAGGAUGUGCCUUUUGAUACUACAGAGCUGUAG